AGAGGGAGAAAGAGGAAUAGAGAGGGAGAAGAAGGGUUUGGUUUUGUUGUACCAAAAUCAGAAUUCUCGAAUAUGGGUAGCGGUGAAAUGGGAGUUGCAGAGAGCGACGGUGCUUCGCUACCCUCAAUCGGAACCGACGCAAUGAAGCGAAGAGUAACCUACUUCUACGAACCAACCAUCGGCGAUUACUACUACGGUCAAGGCCACCCCAUGAAACCCCACCGUAUACGCAUGGCUCAUAACCUCGUCAUCCACUACGCGCUUCACCGUCGUAUGCAAAUCAACCGUCCUUUCCUCGCCGGUUCCGAAGACAUCCGCCGUUUUCACGCCGACGACUAUGUGGAGUUCCUUUCUUCCGUUUCGCCGGAAAUCCUCUCCGAGAGUUCUCACUCUCAUUAUCGUCAGCUUAAGCGGUUCAAUGUUGGUGAAGAUUGUCCGGUGUUCGAUGGACUUUUUCCGUUCUGUCAGGCCUCGGCUGGUGGAUCGAUUGGUGCUGCUGUGAGGCUUAAUCGCGGUGAUGCUGAUAUUGCUAUCAAUUGGGCUGGGGGUUUGCAUCAUGCUAAGAAAGCUGAAGCCUCGGGGUUUUGCUAUGUUAAUGACAUUGUUCUCGGUAUUCUCGAGCUUCUUAAAGCUCAUAGGCGUGUGGUGUAUGUUGAUAUUGAUGUCCACCAUGGAGAUGGCGUUGAGGAGGCAUUUUACACUACUGAUAGAGUGAUGACAGUGUCUUUUCACAAGUUUGGCGAUUUUUUCCCAGGAACUGGGCAUAUUAAAGACACUGGGGUGGGCUCUGGAAAGGACUAUGCCGUAAAUGUUCCUUUGAAUGAUGGAAUGGAUGAUGAGAAUUUCCGUGCUCUGUUCCGUCCCAUCAUGCAAAAAGUCAUGGACGUAUAUCAACCCGAUGCAGUUGUUCUUCAAUGUGGAGCUGAUUCAUUGUCUGGUGAUAGGCUGGGUUGCUUCAACUUGUCUGUGAAGGGUCAUGCAGACUGCCUUCGUUUCCUUAGAUCUUUCAAUGUUCCUCUAAUGGUCUUGGGUGGGGGAGGAUACACAGUACGGAAUGUUGCUCGUUGUUGGUGUUAUGAGACAGCAGUCGCAGUAGGAGUGGAGCCUAGUAAUAAGUUGCCAUACAACGAAUAUUAUGAAUAUUUUGGCCCAGACUAUACACUUCACGUUGAACCAAACAACAUGGAGAACCUAAACACACCCAAGGAUAUGGAAAAAAUCAGGAACAUGUUACUUGAACAAAUUUCCAGACUUCCUCAUGCACCCAGUGCACCUUUUCAGACUACACCGCCAACUGUACAAGUUCCAGAAGAGGAAGACGAGGACAUGGAUAUGAGACCAAAACCUCGCAUAUGGAAUGGUGAAGAUUAUGAUUCUGAAGACGAUGAUGAGUAUGAAGAUGAGAAGGCUAGUAUAAGGAGCUCAAAUUUAACUUCCCAUAUGAGGCGUUCAGCAGUUCAUAUGGAAGAAGACAAGCCAGAUGUUAAGCCUGAUGUGCAUUCGUCGUCGUCCUCCUAAUAGUGAUAAAACAGAACAAGUUCUCAAUUGUCAUGUUAUGUUAGUGAGAAGCUCAUUAAUGUUUGAGUUGUGCUUCACAUUUUCUUCCUCUAUGAUAAAUGUGUUUUGAAGUUUAAAUAUAUCGAGGUAGAUGUAUAAAGUAGGAAGCACAUUAGCUGAGGAUGGUGCCAUUUUGGUGGCGGAUUUGUAAAAGCACAUUACCUCAAAAAUAUAUUUGGUGCUUUAAGUGAACAAGUGAACACGAGGCAUGGAUGAUAAUUUCCUGAUCUACAUUCGUGUUCAUCAGACAUAGAUAUAGGGGUGCAAAAACUUGGUUAAUUUUUUGGUUUUUAUUUUGUUUAUGCUUUUUGUAGCAUGCAGAAAAGAAGAGUCCUAAAAAUUGAUUACAUACUAUUUUGACUA